UGUAGUUAUUCUUAAUUUUAUCAUUUGGUGAUUGUUCUCAGUUAAAUACUUAGUAUCUCUAGCGUCCAAUUGUCCAAAAAUGACAACACAAUAUGUAAUGAGUGUGUUCCUUCUACCUAUAUCUCUUUGUGCAGAAUUAGAAAGGAUGACGAACUCAUAUUAAUGGGGUAGUUUUGGUACGGCUCAGCGAGGACUUCAUUGGUUUUCAUGGGAUAGGAUCGUGGAGGUUUAGGUUUUAGAAGGUUGUAUGAUUAUAACUUGGCUCUUCUUCUGAAACAGAGUUGGCGCCUUCUUUGUAACGGUUCCUAAUUCUCUUCUAGCUCGUAUAAGAUACUAUCCUCAAGGCUCUGUUCUUCAUGCUACCGUAGGUUCUAACCCUCGGCUUUGCCACAUAACAGUUGAUUCUUUUAAAAAUUGGUUUGGGCAAUACUUGGGAUCAUCUGCGGUCUGUUUAAUGCUCGUGAUAGAGCUUUAAUUCGCCAAGUCCCAGUUAGUGUUACUUCUCGACCUGAUCAGAGAUUCUGGAUUUGGGAUACAGUUCGUAGUGGGUAUAAGGUCCUCAACAACUCAACUCUCAUAUCCAAGGCCCGCAACAUGUGAAUUGGCAAAGUAUUUGGAACCCUUAAGUCCCCGUUAAGGUAAAAAAUCUUUUAUGGAGAGCUUGUUCUAACUGUCUUUCUACCUUGUUAACACUUCGUUCUAAGGAGGGGAUGUCUCAUGCUCUUGUCUGGUCUGCUUUAGAGGAUGCUUUUCAUGCUUUAAUCAGGUGUCCUCUCAUUCAACCAAUCUGGAGUCUCUCUGUAGUUGGCAAUUGUAGCUCAGGGUCUUCCAGUUUUGUGGAAUGGUGGGAUAGGUUGGCGCAAGGUCACAGUACAAAUGUUCUUGCUUCACUUGCAAUGCUCUUAUGGGGCAUAUGGAUGAAUAGGAACAAUUUGGUCUGGAAUCAGACGCUAUGGGGCAUAUGUUUUGUCAAUGGCGUGUGGCUCAAGUUUCUACUCCUACAGAUGACAGUAGUCUCAGCUUGCAGCAUACCACAAGCUAGGUUGCUCCUGAUCAGUAUCAACUUAAAUAAUGGUAGGUUUAUGGGCCUGUUGGAACCUCGUGGCAGAAGCUAUGGCUUGUAUGGAGGCUUUUCCGCGGAUCAAAUCUCUUGCAGCUCAAAACAUCAUUUUAGAGUCUGAUUCACAGCUGCUUAUUUCUGCACUUCAUAGUCAAAAUACUGCUAAUCUGCUUUUAGAAUGAUUGUCGAAGACUGUAAAAUCCUUGCCAAGGAUAUUGUCAUUGUACUUUUUCUUUUGUUAGUCGAUUAGCGAAUCAAGUAGCUCAUGCUCUAGCUGUUGGCUCUCGGCCUAA